UUUCCGUUAAUCAUUCACGAGGCUGGUAGAAAGUCUCUCCCCAUCCACUACAAUUCAGCCAUCCCUGACCAGUCAACUACAGGGCUGAAUUCAGGGACUUUUUGGUGGUGCAAUUACCAGCUAGCUUCAGGGUAGUCUGGUAAACUCUGAUCUGGGGAGGAAGUAAAACUAUUAGAGAUCCAGACGCUUUUCUCCCUUGAGAAACAACCUGAGGCACCACAACAGAGUCUUCUGCUUCUUCCUCAGCUACCCGCAGAAAACUGUGGGAGAAGCAUCAGGUCAUGCACCCCAGUGCUCCUCUAAAUGGGAUCCGUCAUAGAAAAAAGAAAAUGGCAGCCUGGCCCUUUCUUAGGCUGUGGAAAGUCUCUGAUCCAACUCUGUUCCAAAUGACCUUGGUCGCUGCUCUAUUUGCUACUGUCCUUGGUAGUUGUGGUCCCCCACCGAAUUUAUACUUUGCUUCCCCAAUAAAUGUGUUGAACCAGACUUCCUUCAUCUCUGGGACUAUCCUGAAAUACACCUGCCGUCCUGGCUACAGUAAGGAUCCUUAUAAAAGUCAGGAUGUUACCUGCCGAUACAGGUCAUGGAACUACGAAGAGUUCUGUGUCAAGAAAAGAUGCAGACAUCCUGGAGAAUUACAAAACGGGCAAGUGAUAGUUAAGACAGAUAUCUUGUUUGGAUCACACAUAGAAUUCGUCUGCUCAACUGGAUACGUUUUAGUUGGCUCAGCCACUAGUCAUUGUGAGAUCCAAGAUAGAGGAGUUGAUUGGAGUCAUCCUCUCCCACAAUGUAUAAUCGCCAAGUGCGAUCCUCCUCCAGCCAUCAGUAAUGGGAAGCACAGCGGUGGAGAUGAAGAUUUCUAUACAUAUGGCUCCUCUGUCACCUACAGCUGUGACCCCAACUUCUCGCUCUUAGGCAAAGCCUCCAUUUCUUGCACAGUGAAAAAUAAAAAAACAGGCGUCUGGAGCCCAAGUCCUCCUACUUGUAAAAAAGUCACUUGUCCUAAGCCAGAGAUUCAAAAUGGAAAAAUCGUCUUGGGAUUUGGACCCCACUAUACUUAUAAAGACUCCAUGGUGUUUGACUGCAAUAGAGGUUUUAUUCUCAAAGGAAGCAGUUUAAUCCACUGUGAAGAAGAUAACAACUGGGACCCUCCUCCUCCCACUUGUGAGCUCAAUAGUUGUCUUGGCUUACCAGACAUCCCACAUACCUCCUGGGAGAUGUAUAACUACCAGAUGCCAACAAGACAGGGAGUUUAUCCUAUUGGAACUAUGCUGAAAUACAGGUGCCGUGAUGGCUAUAAACCUAUUUCAGAUGAGCCUACGACUGUGAUAUGUCAGGAAAACUUGACUUGGACCCCAUACAUAGAGUGUAAGGAGGUAUGUUGCCCAACACCAGAGCUGAAGAAUGGCAAAAUCAAUGAACAGAGAUCUAGUUCUGUCAAUAGCUGUGAUUUUUUCAAUGGAGACGCAGUUUUAUAUACGUGUUACCAGAAAUACCAGUUUGAAGCUAGAUGUCAAGGAGAUGGCACCUGGUAUCCCAAGACACCAACAUGUGAUGAGAGCUGUGAUUUCCCUCCUACCAUUGACCAUGGACAGUAUGAACGACAUCAAGCAUUUGGUAUAUUCCGUCGUACUGAGGCGAUAUAUAAAUGUGACAAAGGAUACACUAUGGUUGGUGAAGCUCGACUCUCUUGCAGUUCUUCAGGCUGGUCUCCUGCAGCCCCUCAAUGUAAAGCUGUCUGUAUGAAACCGGAAAUAGCCCACGGAAAGCUGUCCUUGGAUAAGACUGAAUACAUUCAAGCUGAAAAUAUCAGCAUCCAGUGUGACGCUGGCUAUGAGUUGGUCGGUCCGCAAAGCAUCACUUGCUCAGAGAGCAGAACCUGGGACCUCGAGGUGCCCAAGUGUGAGUGGGUGAUUCCUAAAGGCUGUGGACACGUGCUCGCAGGAAGAAAGGUCAUGCAGUGUCUCCCCAACCCAGAAGAUGUGAAAAUGGCCCUGGAGGUGUAUAAAUUGUCUUUGGAAAUUGAACUGCUGGAAAUAGAGAGAGACAAGGCAAGGGAUCCUGCUAUGGACUCACCACCGUAAUUUCUCCCAGAAGAGGGAGAAACACGUGCUGCCUUCAAGACAACACUGGUCGCUUCAGCUUACCCACUCUCCUGCCCGCUUUGUCCCAUCAUUCAUGGUAAUAAAUGUCUAGAAA